GGCGGUUUGUUUGUUCCCGAUUCAAUUUGGCAAAAUAGAAAAGAGCUGAGCUCUCUAGGUCUAGGGUUUCAAACUCCCUUCCUAAAACCCCUUUCUGCAACUCAUCGUACUCCGCAGCCAUGGCGAGCACCAAAGUCCAGCGGAUUAUGACACAGCCUAUUAACUUGAUUUUCAGGUUCCUCCAAAGUAAAGCUCGGAUUCAGAUUUGGCUCUUUGAGCAGAAAGACGUCAGGAUUGAAGGCCGCAUUAUUGGAUUUGAUGAGUACAUGAAUCUGGUUCUGGAUGAUGCAGAAGAAGUCAGCAUCAAGAAAAACACCAGGAAGACAUUAGGAAGGAUUCUUCUUAAAGGUGACAACAUUACUCUGAUGAUGAACACGGGGAAAUGAUAUUGCUACAGUAAAUGCAAAAAUCAAGAUCCUUGUGGCGGAAUUUGAUGAAGGUCCAGCUGUUUAGAUUUUCUGCUUUUCUAAAUACAUGUAUUUCGGCAUAUUCACUGCCUUUGAAAGGCUAUCAAUCUAUCUUGUUUGGUUAAUUUCCAGGUAAUAGCCUUCUCAAGGGUAAAACCUUGUAUGUAGCGCUGAACCUAUGAGUAAUCCAAUCAACCAUGUAAAAAUACUUUGCCUUUUUGUUGGAAAGAAGUCAUUUGUGAUCUGUACUUGAUGGAAUCAUGGUUUAUGUAAAAUCCAUGUUUUUUGAAAGACA